AUGCUGGCGGCCGUGAACAAGCAGCGCGCCACGGGCGGCCUCAAGCCCCUGUGCCUCAACAAGAAGCUGCACGCCGCCGCGCAGCGCCACUCGGACGACAUGGCCGCCAAGGACUUCAUGGCCCACGACGGCUCGGACGGCUCGACCAUGUCGGAGCGCAUCACGCAGGCCGGCUACGACUGGGAGAGUGUGGCCGAGAACGUGGCCGCCGGCCAGAUCGACGUGGCCGACGUGAUGGUGGCGUGGAUCAACUCGCCGGAGCACCUGGAGAACAUCAUGGGCGACUACACGAUGUUCGGCUCUGCGUACGCGUUCAACAAGGACGGCACGUACCAGCACUACUGGACGCAGGACUUCGGCUCGGGCGACGCGGAGGAGUGCGACAGCGCCACACCGACGAAGCAGGAGACGGUUGUGACGCCCGCGCCGACGACGGUGGCCCCGGCCACGGAGGCCCCGACGACGCCUGAGCAGCAGGAGAUCCCGUCCACGCCGGCCCCGACCACCGGCGAGGAGGUGCAGGGUGAGGCGGAGACGACGCUGGAGGACGCGACCCAGAACGUGGAGCAGGUGGAGUCGCCUGUGACGCCCGCGCCGACGACUGUGGCCCCGGCCGCGGACUGCCAGUCCAACUUCUAA